UCUCAACAAUUUCAAUGUGUGUGCUGCUGGAACACUUGAAAACUUUAGAAAUAUUUUAAAAAAUACGUAAUUUUACACCAAAUAUGGACUUUACUGACAAAGUUAUUAUUGUUACUGGAUCAAGUUCCGGAAUUGGCGCAGCGGCUGCAGUACAUUUUGCCGAAUUGGGUGGACAACUGACGUUAGUGGGUCGCAAUGUUGAUAAGCUACAAGAAGUGGCAAAUAAGAUUAAAGCCAUCAAGGGACAAGCUCCCCUUACCGUCCAGGCUGAAAUGUCCAAUGAGGAAGAUGUAAAACGUAUUGUUACCGAAACUAUGGAUAAAUAUGGUAAAAUUGAUGUUUUAGUUAAUAACGCUGGUGUUUUGGAGACCGGCACUAUUGAAAAUACCAGUUUGGAGCAAUAUGAUCGUGUUAUGAACACCAAUAUAAGAGCCGUCUACCAAUUAACCAUGUUGGCUGUACCGGAAUUGAUAAAAACUAAAGGUUCCAUUGUGAAUGUGUCCAGUGUUAAUGGUAUACGUUCAUUCCCAGGUGUUUUGGCUUAUAAUGUAUCCAAAGCAGCUGUAGAUCAAUUCACACGCUGUGUUGCUCUUGAGUUGGCCCUGAAAGGUGUUCGUUGUAAUUCGGUUAAUCCUGGUGUUAUUAUUACCGAAAUUCACAAGAGAGGUGGUAUGAAUGAGGAGACAUAUGCAAAAUUCUUGGAACAUUCUAGAACUACACAUGCCUUGGGUCGUCCUGGUCAGGUUGAUGAAGUGUCUGGCGUUAUUGCAUUUUUGGCUAGUGAUAAGGCUAGUUUCAUUACUGGUGCUAGUUUGCCAGUCGACGGUGGACGUCAUGCUAUGUGUCCUAGAUAGGAUGUACAUUUUUAUAAUUAUU